AUGAAGCUUGAGAUUCUCCCUCCUAGUAUUUCUGAUCACUGCUUGCUGUGUUUGGCUGACCAGAAAAGAAACAGAAUUGUAUACACCAACUUCAAGUUCACUAAUAGUGUGAUUAAAGUGGAUGGUUAUCAGGAUAUUGUAAAGCAGAGUUGGCAAAAAGUGUGUAUGGGUAGACCUAUGACUCGUUUGUGGUACAAGUUGCUGAGAUUGCAAGCUCCUCUUAUCAAAUUGAGCAAGAAGUUCUCUCACCUCCAUAUGUCCAUUAUUAAAGCCAGGACUGCUCUUCUCAAAGCGCAGGAAGAUUUAAGGGUGGACAGAAUGAAUGCAAGCAACAUUGAGAAGGUGAGACAAUUUACUGAUGAAGUGAUUUCUCUGCAGGACCUUAAUGUUAACAUGCUGAGACAGAGAUCUAAAUUGGACUGGCUUAGAGAAGGUGAUUCAAAUUCAGCUUUUUUCUAUGCCUACCUCAAUUCUAGAAAUGCAGCUACUCAUAUCAAUCAAUUACAAAAGGAGGAUGGCACUUAUAUUCAGAGCUUACCUGACAUUGAGAAGGAGGUUUGUGACUUUUAUACAAAGCUGUAUGGGAGUCAAGCUCAGAGGGUGAAUAUGAUUGAUCUCAAUGCUAUGAGGGAGGGGUCACAGCUAACUAUGUUGCAGAGAGCUGAUCUCAUUUCCCCUGUCACUGUUGCUGAAAUUCGUACUGCUAUUAAUGGGAUUGGUGACCUUAAGAGUCCAGGCAUUGAUGGGUAUGGUGGGAAAUUUUUUAAGGCAAGUUGGAAUAUCAUUGAGCAUGAUGUUGUUGAAGCUGUUCAGGAAUUCUUUGAGGAAAAUGUGUUGUACAAAAGAUUUAAUGAAACUAUUGUUACAUUGAUUCCUAAACAUCCUGCUGCAAAAAGGAUUAAUGAUUAUAGGCCUAUUGCAGGGUGCACAACUAUUUAUAAAAUCAUAUCUAAAAUCCUCACUGCGCGACUUGGGAGAGUUUUGGGGACUAUUAUCAGUAAAACUCAGGCAGCUUUUGUUCCUGGCCAGAAUAUUCACUCUCAUAUUUUAUUGGCAACGGAAUUAUUAAAAGAUUACAAUAGAAAUAAUGGUACGCCUAGAUGCAUGAUCCAGCUUGAUAUUCAAAAAGCAUAUGACAUGGUUGACUGGGGUGCUCUUCGUAAUAUUCUCAAUGAGAUUGGGAUGCCACAGAGAUUUGUUGAAUGGAUCAUGACUGCUGUUACUACAGUCUCUUACAGGUUUAAUAUCAAUGGUAAGUUUUCUGAUAAGGUGGUAGCAAGAAGGGGUAUUAGACAAGGAGAUCCUUUGUCCCCCCUCCUGUUUGUAAUUAUUAUGGAGUACCUUAAUAGGCUGCUGUUCAGAAUGCAGAGGAAUCCGGAUUUCAAUCACCAUGUCAGAUGCGAAAGGCUGCAGCUCACCCAUCUUACUUUUGCUGAUGAUCUCCUGCUGUUUUCUAGAGGUGAUAUAGUUUCUAUAGAGAUUAUGCAGCGCACCGUCAAUAGUUUUUUGGAUUCAACAGGUAUGAAGGUCAACCCUACCAAGAGUAAAGUUUACUUUGGUAGUGUAUCAGAUUCUGUUAAACAAUCAAUUCUGAAUUUUACUGCUUACGACGAGGGGUCUCUCCCAUUCAGAUAUCUUGGUGUCCCCGUGAGUAGUAAAAAGCUGUCUGUGGUCCAUUAUUUGCCGUUGAUGGAUAAACUGUUGAGUAGGAUUACGCAUUGGAGUUCUCGACUUCUUAGCUAUGCCGGUAGAUUACAGUUGAUCAAAUCUGUGUUGUAUGCUAUUACCUCAUAUUGGAUGCAGUGUGUUUGCUUCCCUAAAACUGUAAUUAGAAGAAUCAAUGCCAUUUGUAGAACCUUUCUCUGGACAGGAGGUAACAGCAGUAGUCGAAAGAGUCUGAUUGCGUGGGAUAAGAUUUGUAAACCUGCGGCAAAAGGAGGUUUGAAUGUGCUGGAUCUAGUGGUUUGGAAUAGCAUGUUUAUGAUGAAGUUACUCUGGAAUAUAUCCAUGAAAACCGAUGAUCUGUGGGUUCGAUGGAUUCAUGCUUAUUACCUGAAGAAUGAGGAUGUUAUGUAUAGAAUGGUUAAAAAUUCAGAUUCAAUUAUUUUUAAAACUAUUCUGAUGCAGAGGGAAAAUAUUGGCACUAUGCAGGGGGAUUGGAAUGCGAUGGUGCAAGCAGGGAGAUUCAUUGGUAGGCGAGUGUAUGCGCACUUAUUGCCUGCCACACCUAAGGUUGCCUGGUCCAGGUUAAUUCUCCACAAUAGAGCUAGACCCCGUGCCAUAUAUACUCUCUGGAUGACCUGUCAUGGAAAGCUAGCCACAAAAGUUAGAUUGAAUCGUUUUGGCAUGGUGGAUAAUAACCAAUGUGUCUUCUGCCCUGCGGCGGAAACCAUUGACCAUCUAUUUUUUGAUUGUGCUACUUUGAGGAAGAUUUGGGUUGAAAUACUUCACUGGAUUGGUAUCCCUCACAAUCCUGGGGAUUGGACAGAGGAGCUAAACUGGAUGUUGAAUUGUUUUGGUGGUAAAGGUUGGAAAGCCGAUCUUGUUAGAUUAGCUCUGACUGAAACGGUACAUGAGGUGUGGAGGUUUAGAAAUGACACUUGUUUUAAUCAGAGAAAUGACAGUAGGAAUUGUACAGAUAGAAUUAUUAACAACAUAGUCUAUAGAGGGUGGUCGAGCCCUAAGCUUAGACCACAUAUAGCUCUUUUGAUGGUUCAGUAG